CAGCAUAUGAACCUCCCGGAGGAAGAUCAGGAAAGAGAUCGGGAAGAACAAGCUUGUGCCGAUGAGGAUGAUGAGGCCAACACGAGCUGCAAACUCGCGGAGCUGGACAUCGAUACCUUAGUCAGGAGAACGCCGCGUAACUGGCGGUCCAGGUCGAACCGGCGAGAAAUCAGGAGCUGGGGGCGUAGCAGUGGAGAGUCAGAG